AUAGGAUUGAGGUUAGAUUUAAAAUUUAUAUAUAAAAAAAUGGCCAAGAGAUUAGGAAGUACAAAAUUUAGGUUGAAUGAACUGGAAAAUGGGGCACAAAAGGAGGUUACUCAUAUGCUUGAAGGCAAAGAUCACAAGAACGUAGGAAGUUGCACCAUUAAGGUUUUGUACCAUAAGUUUAGCAAGGACGAACAACAGGUUGCGUUUGAAGAAGAGAAGAGGAUAUUAAAAGAAGGUGGAGUUAAAAGAAGCAUGAAGGUUGCAAUAAACAGAGCAUUUCCGUCGGUCGGUUAUCGUGUCGGUAGGGUUCGUAAGGUUGGUAGUGGACUGAGCAAAGCCGGAAAGUUGAUAGGCAACACUUUAACUCAGGGCAUUCCAACAAAAGUGGUACCUCAACUCACUGAAUAGCAUCCAAGAAACUGGUGGCGCAAACCCAGUUUAAGUUGAGCAUGUGAAUUUGGCCAUUUCAGUUUGCAAUGUGAAACCUGCAGUGAUUAAGCA